CCGAUUUGCCUACAAAAGUUAAAAAAUAUGAAAUUUGUUGAUUCCUCAAUUUUUGGCGGGGUUUGGUGUGUAUUUUUAACCCUUGCUUUCCUUCACAAUAUUUUAUCCAUUUGUAUGGUUGUAUUUUCCGAAUUUUCUGAAAAGUUUUAUAUUCAAUGGCUGUUAAUGAAUUGGUUUACUGAUGCCAUUAAUGUUUUGGAUUUAUUUGUAAAAAUUAAGAAAGGAUUUACACUAGAUGGAUCUACUGGCAAUAAUCGUUACAUAUCUAUUCGAAAAUAUAUUUUUUGUCGAGCAUUUCUACUCGAUUUAUUAGCCAUUUUGCCUACAGAUAUUUUACUUUUAAUUUGGCCUAAUUUCUUUUUACUUCGAAUUAAUCGUCUCGCAAAAAUUGGAAGAGUUAGCGAAAUUGUUAAAUUAAUUGAACAUCGAAUUCCGUGGCCACUUGGAUUUCGUUUAUUACGUCUAGCCACUUUAUGUUAUUUACUUUUUCAUUGGAAUGCUUGUUUUUAUUUCUAUUUAAGUUCUCUAUAUGGAUUUGAAAGUAAAUUGAUAAAGGAAUUUUCUUAA